AGUCACCUCUCACUCCAGUACAGCGAUUUUCUCCGCCACGACCACCUCUCCGACUCUCGAUUAGAAGGCGUUUAUUUAUUCACUCAUAUUCCUCUGGUGUCGAUAAGAUUUCUUUAUUUCAUUACAGUCAGCCUGUUUUUUUUUCAUCCAGUAAUCUAUGGAUCUCACACAGUCAUUAUUCUCGGUAUUGAUAGCACUAUGUGCCACAUUUCACCUGACUCACAGUUCAAAGAGUUCCUUCUGCAAAGGUCGACACCCUAAGCUUUGCCAUGUACAUAUCGGCAAAAGAACAUUCUUCUCGGAUGACCGUGAUCUCAGUGUCCCUGCUAACAUCGACCCCCAGUCUCCCGCCGCCCGUCUUCUUGCCGUCGACCCCUCCACAAUAGAUCUCAGUGGUUACUUACCAGAAGAAAAUGCCCAACUCCGACAGUCACCACCAGAAUACUUGGCAAAUCAAGGUGAAGAUGUUGACAUUAUUGUGGACAGCCAUCCGCGAAAAAUGAGAAUCCUAAGGCUCAUCCAAGAGAUCAUGGAUAGCUCACUGGAAGAACCUUGACCUAGUCAAUGGGCCGACCUUUCAACUUUCACCUUUCGAAAAAGUUCAUUACCAUUUUUUUCUCCGGAAUCGGUAUUGCGUUUACAAUUUUCAAUCAUUUAAUCCCAUAUUCAAAUUUGUUCAAGCAUCUGAUUAAAGACAGCUCAUGAGAGCAACUGUAAAAAAAUGAGGACAGAGAAGCUUUUGAUAUUGGUUUACAUUGUAGCUUUUGCUAACAUUUCGUAUUAUCAUACUUCUUAAGAUAUUCGAGAGCUAUUUUUUCAUGAAAAAAUGUUAUUUGAUUAGAAAACUGUUUUAGAAGAUUUCUACUUUUCGUAGUGUCCGGUCUGUGAGGAAAUAAAGUGUGUGCGAGAAGAUAUAGUAUGUCGUUUGUGUUGUAAUAAAAUAUAUAUAUUUUCAGAAAACUACUAGAAUUGUUUUUUAAUCUCCAAAAAUCUUUAUUCAACAACAGCGAUUGAUCCUAAAGAUUGGUAUCUGCACUGAUUCAUUUCUUUGCUUUUCAGAAAUCCUGCUAUUAGGUUUGAGGACAAAUCCAUACAAACAGAAUAUUGGCUUAGAUUCCUACAAAGUGGCUAUUCUCUUGAGUAUUUAAUUGUAACAUUAAGUGCCGUGCAUGGUGCUUUACCAUUUAAUUGGUCUUUGAUUAUGAUAGUAGUUUAACAGUCAUUCACGUGGUACGAAAAGACAUAUUCAAUUAUACCUCAUUAAAAACCAUUUAGUGCAUACCAGACAGCAGUAAUGCUACUGAGUUCUGACAUAAUGUAUAUCCAUAUUGUUGAAUACCAUACAACUUGCUCGUGAGAAAGUAAAUCCGUAGUUAAGAAAUUCAGUCUAAAUUUCUACCAUGAAUUGUAAUGAUUCUCGGUUGUGAAAGAAAUAAAUGCUUCAAUCUUGAUUUUCAACUCAUAGAUAUAACUUUUUACCAAUUCUUCUUGGUAUUCUUCGUCCUUCUGCUUAUAUUCCUCUAUUGCCAACAAUAAUGAUAUAAAAAAAGUCUUUAAAAAAUUAUGGAAUCUUCCAGUGAAAGAAAUUUGGUUUAAGAGGAAGGACAUAUGAUUAUUUUACACUCUUCUUUUAAUCUUCAAUAUAUUUCAACUUUUGUUUUUCAAUCAAUUUAAUUGUAUUUUAUGGUUAUAUUGAUAAUAUGGUUUUAUAUGUUCUUAAACCAAACUUGAAACAAAACAAAACUAUGUCCUCAUACCAUGGAAUAAACGAAUAAUAGUCAAAAUUGUUAUUAUACAAUUUAUGAGGAAAUUGAGGAAAUAAUAUUCAAAUGCAAUUAAGAUCAGUUAUAAUGUGGGUUUAAACCUCAAUAUAUAAGUUAAGCUUUUGAAUUAUGCAUGCUUAUCGUACUCAUUUUCUUCUUCAUUUAAAACCAUAAUUUGGUUGAAAGGAAAACGAAUUGACUUUAACAAGAUUAACCAUGGAUCAUGUGAAAGAAAGCCAUUUCACAACAAUAGGUGUGCUACGUAGUCAGUGACGUCAUCUUAAUUCUACAAGUUUACUGACAUUAUUGUCCUGAUUUGUAUCAUUUGUGGUAAACAGAAUAUCAUAGCAUUUGCAUUUAAAACAAUACAUAUGGUUUAAUCAGCAUCACGACAAGUUUCUAUAGCGCUAAUCAUGAUAUAAAGAUCAAUUACUUCUUAUUAACCUGAAUAUAAGCAGCUUGCCGCAUAAAUGCAACAAUAGUAAUAUGUAUUGCUUUGACAUGUGUAUAAUCUCCAAUCAUAUAUAGAACGAAUAAACAGCUGUAAAUAAUAUUUUAACUGUACUGACUUCAUAAACAUAUAUAAAUGUUAUAUAAGUCUAAUGCUAUAGCGGUGAAUAUGGAACCAAGUGUGAUUCCAGAUUAUCAAAGCAACAAAAAUGAAUAAGACAAACGAUGUCUGAUGUUCAUAAUUAUACGCUUCAACUAAAAUUAUAUCCAUCUCGUUUUUCUUGAUUUGAAUUUAUUAGGAGGUAAACAUCCGGUCUUCUAAGAUACAAGGAAAGUCGAACAGUUAUCUUUUCCCCCAAAUCGUUCAUCUAUAAUUUCGUAUAGACAUUUGUUCUUUCUUUUAAAUUUGCUCCUUUUUGAGAAGAAUAACCUGGCUUAACAAGAAACUUACAUUCAAUUACAGAUUAAGCGUAAAUGGGGUUGCAAAGAGUUAAGUUGCAAUUGGUCAAAGGCCUUUCGUUUGCUUCGAAAGUUUCCUACAAAGUUCCUUUUAGUCUUGCACCACCUCGCGGGUAAUUCAUGAGGUAAAUAUUAAUGUGACUUUAAUGGACAACAUAAAAAAAAACAUCGAGUCAUAAUGGCUCGUCCAUGUGAAUCAUUCAAUAUAUCUUGUUCACAGUUUUGUAUUCCUUGAUUUUUUUGGUUUCCUCGUUGAAUCAAUGAUUAUUAUUAAUGAUAAUGAUAGGAUAUUACAAAGGUAGAAAAAAUGAUAAUACGAUUGAUUUUAGCAGUAAUAAUACAGUUGAUAAUAAUGAUGAUUAAAAUCAUAAUGAUUAUAUUGAUAACAUUAUCAAAAAUUAGUACAGUAAUGAUGAUAAAAUGAUGAUAACGAUAUUGAUAAUAAAUAAUUCCCCCUCAUACUUCUGAAUGUCAAGAGUUUAAAACUUCACCCAGAUCAUGCAGAUUGCUGAGCCCAUGUAUAUCAGGUAAGGAUGCUUCACAACGUAAUAUAUACCAUGUUUCGCAAAUGUUGAUUAUAACCUGAGUCUAUUGCAAACCACAUACAACAUCUAACAUCAAGAAAUGUUUUUAAGAAUGUUACACGGUUCUGCAAUGCCAUGUUUUUCAUCUGUAUUUUCGUAUUCCCUUUAUCACAGAUAAUACAAAAUACCUCUAUAAUACCCUCGCUGAUUAAGAAGUUAACUCGAAGAGAUCAUAAAUAAAUACCAUAAAUUUGUAUUGAAUUACUUUGAUCUGUAUUCUUUAACUUCAUCGGCAAUAAACUAAUAUUUGUAAUGAUUAUUAUAAAGGCGCUAUUAAAGUAGUAAACUUCUUUUUCACUCAUAAGUGUUUAUUUCAUCCCUAAAUAUAUAUCUUGUCAAUAUAAUUGUACAAAACUGAAUUAUUUAUUUGAUAGCUGUUGUUGUUUCUUUAUAAGCACAGUAGCUCCGUGCAUGCACAAAAAUUCCUGUACAGAUCAUUCAAAAUAUUUUUGUAAAAAUUCUCCAGUUGUAAUAUUGUAGAGGAUUUUCAAUCUGCAUUUAUCAAAAGUAUCUUAUUUGCUGUUACUUACGUAUUCAAUAGUAUAUCCAUAUUCUCGCUUGUAAAUAAUUCUGAAGAAAUCAUUUUUCGACUGAUUCUUGUGAGAUUUGAUUUUAUCAAGGGUUCAUUGAAAUUGUUGUUUCACUUUGCCAUUAUAUUCACUAAUGCACAUUACGACUAUAAUUAAUUGAGAGUCAUACACUAAAAAAAAGAUAUUGAGAUGAUAACAAACGACAAAUUGAGAAGUCGUAUCAUUUGUAAAAUAAUUGAAAUGGCCUUCCAUUAAAGAGAGCGCUCGUUAAUCCCUA